AUGUCGGGCAGGGAGCUGACAGACCUCUUCAGGCCAGCCAAGGUGGGCUUCCAGUGUUACGACCGAGCCCUUUCCAUGCCCUACGUGGAAAGCAAUGAAGAAAUGAUUCCUUUGCUGAUGCUGCUAAGCUUGGCGUUUGCAGCCCCCGCGGCGUCUAUCAUGGUGGGCGAAGGCAUCGUGUAUUGCUUGCAGUCAAAGAUGAAGGGCCGUAGCAAUACUGAAGGCAGCAUAAAUGCCGGCGGUUGCAAUUUCAACUCUUUUCUCCGCAGGACGGUCCGGUUUGUGGGUGUUCACGUGUUUGGCCUUUGUGCCACAGCCCUGGUGACCGAUGUCAUCCAAUUAGCCACAGGAUACCACGCCCCUUUCUUCUUGACCGUCUGUAAGCCCAACUAUACUCUUCUGGCUAUCUCCUGUGAGUCCAACCCUUACAUCACUCAAGAUAUCUGCUCAGGUCAAGACCAGCAUGCUAUUCUCUCAGCCAGGAAAACAUUCCCUUCUCAGCAUGCCACCCUGUCUGCAUUUGCUGCCGUCUAUGUAUCCGCCUAUCACGCAGUGGGCAACUUCCGGGCACCAAUAGAAAAGGCUCCCUCUCACCCUCCUGCCAAGGAUGCUCUCCGAGCCCUUACGCAACGUGGGCAUGACUCUGUUUAUCACCAGAAUAAGUCGGUCAGCACCGAUGAGCUCAACCCCCAGACCCGGCUGGAAGGGAUGAACCGGCAAGUGCCACGCGAGAAGAACUCGCUGGGGAGCUUGAAACGGGCGAGUGUUGACGUGGACCUUUUGGCACCCCGGAGCCCUAUGGGCAAAGAAAACAUGGUGACCUUCAGCAACACGCUACCACGGGUCAGCACCCCCUCAAUGGAUGACCCUGCUCGCCGCCAUAUGACCAUUCACGUCCCGGUGGACGCCUCCCGAUCUAAACAGCUGAUCACUGAAUGGAAACAGAAAUCAGUGGAAGGCCGUGGAAUGACCUUGGCAGAAGAGGUGGCGAGGCGGGUUGCCUCCGAUUCCUUGGCUGGAGAAGAGGAGGAUCAUAUCCCGCCUUCCUUGUACCCUACCGUCCAGGCUCGGACGGCUGAGCGUGCCUCUAUGGGUCCUCGGGUCCUCAUCCAGCCAAGACCCAGGGCCACUCAACUGGUCCACAUCCCUGAGGAAAGUCAAGCGAACGCCGGUGCUAAUAUUUCACCCAAAAGCAGCUCGGCUGUGAGGGCCAAGUGGAUGAUGAUGGCUGAGAAGGGGGCCGCCCAACGGGUGGCCAAUCCACCGCGCCUCAUGCAGGUGAUUGCCAUGUCCAAACAGCCCGGGAUGGUAUCGGUGACACCCAAGCAUUCAGAGACAUCUUCGUCCUCCACCAGUUCUGACUCCUCCCAGUACUGCUCUCCAUCAGAAAGAGACAGCUCCAGCGUGGUUACCAUUGAUGCCCAUGCCCCUCACCACCCAGUCGUACAUCUGUCUUCUGGAAAUGGCCCUUGGGAAUGGAAGGCUACCCAGAAAGUUCCGGAUAGCCAAGAUGCUUAUGAGCUCAAUGAGAUGAGCAAAGAUUACCAUGGGUUCCGGCCUGCCAAAAGCGCCGGAGUCUCACCAGGUUCCUCUGUCAGCGACAUUGAACAGGAGGAGGCCCGUUACGGCAGCGUGGCCACCAUCAAUGUGUCAGUGGGUCUGGGAGGGAGUGCAUCCUUGAUUUCAGCAGAAACCAGCCCCGGGGAAAGCCUUCUAGGGGCCUCCAGCCGGGAAUCCACCCUGCGGAGAAAACCACCUAGCUUAACGAUGGGGGACAAAGACGGGCAAGCAGAAGAGACGGAAAACUAUUAUAAGAAGAUGCAAGCCAACCGGGGAUAUAAGGAAUAAUCCCAUCACCUACCUCUGGUCCCUGCUACCUUGGAGCAAACUAUGAUUACAAUUGUGACUUUUUUUCAAACAAGCGUUGAAUUUCAAAUGGUGGGACUCCAUCAUGAUUAUAUUCAAAAACCAAGGUCAAACCAUCUGUUUUACCUGGUACCACAGUAAUUCAAAGGACUGAAUGAAUAUACACUAACAAUAACGGUAAAGUAGACAGUCUUCCAAAUGGCUCAAACGUCUAAGAUUCCCAUGGAAGACAUUUAUAAACAGAGAAGGUUUGGAUCAAGUCAGGCUUUGGGAUUAUUUUACCUUCUACUGGGCUAGGAAUGGAUACUGUUGAAGAAUUCUUGGCUGGAUUUUCCAGAGGACUUAAACAAACGAACACAAAAUGUGGAUGGUAUUAAAAUAAUCACAGCUUAUUCAUAACUAGUGAUUGUAACGAUAACAAGAGUGAGAAGGUGAGAAUGGAACAAUCCAGUCUGGAUUUAUUUGGGGUAUCGUCUUGAGCAGUGCCGGUUGGAUAUAACCCAGUCUUUCCCAACCUGAUGCCUUUGGAUUUCCAAACCUGUCCUUUGGUUCAGCCUUUGGUUGCUUGGGAAGCCUGAGGUCAAAUUCCCCCUGCUCCCCCACCCCCAGGAAUCUGUAUGUGUUUGUGGGGAGGUUGUAGUACUAAAGAUGGGGUGAAGUGUUACAAAGAGGUGGGAGAAGGUACCUCUAAAAGUUCAAUCUUCUGAGGUGUUUUGCAGCAGUGUUUCUCAAAGCUGGCAGCUUGAGAUAGGCGGACUUCAAUUUCCAGAAAUCCCCAUCUUUGAAUAGAUGGGGAACAUAGGUGGAUUUCAAUCCCCAUGAAUUCUGGGAGUUGAAGUCAUACCUUUUUAAACAAUAAAUAUGUAUAUUGAUUUUUUUUUAAAAGGAACAAUAAUAAAGGACAAUACAGACUAAACCCAGAAAGGAAAAAAUAAUAACAAACAGAAUAAGAAGUAGAAAAGAAGGAAAAAAAGGAAAGAGG